CAAUAAAACUUAUAAGUUAGUUCCAUUUUUUUCAGCUUAAUAAUUAACUUUAUGAUCAACAUGGCAAAGGUGGUCCUGUCAUGUUUUCUUCUCUUUGCUUUUGUGGUGGUGUCAUGCUCAGCCACCACCUACACUGUUGGAGAUACCUCUGGCUGGGACAUUAGCACUAAUCUUGAAACUUGGGUUGCUGAUAAGAAUUUCAAAGUUGGUGAUUCUCUUGUUUUUCAGUAUUCAUCAUCCAAUAGUGUAGACGAAGUUACAAAAAAGAACUAUGAUACAUGUGAAACAACCGAUGUGUUGGCGAGUUAUGGAAAUGGAAACACUUCGGUGCCAUUGACACGAGCUGGGGAUAGAUACUUUGUGAGCGGAAACAGGUUGUAUUGCCUUGGAGGGAUGAAGCUCCAUAUUCAUAUAGAUGGUGAUGACACGACGCUUUCACCGGCUAUGGCACCUAAUGCUGUGGCCGGAUCUGACCAAAACCCUGCAACUACAUUUCAACAGUCUCCUUCAUCAAAGAAGAACACACCUGUUUCAAAUGGAGUUGUGAAUUUCCCACCAAAUAUUCUCAGUUUGGUUUACGUUGCUUUAGGCUGCUACUUUGGGAUGAUACAAAUUUAGAGAAAACAAGUUCACGUUAAUUUGACAAAAAAAAUGUAAUUUUGUUAUGUUUUCUUGGAAGAGUCAUCCACAACAUACUUUAUACAUGAUUGUUGUUGAACACAAUUGAAUGAUAGACACUUUGAUGUUUUUAUGCAUAACAAAGUUGGCAACUUGGCAUGUUAGUUUACCUCAUUAAACUGUUUUGUAGAACAUUUGAAUCAUAUGCUUUGCCUUGGAGGCAGAGGGGCUUUUACUUUAGAUUUUAUUUAUAGUUUGUAUGUAAUCCACCUCACAUAGCCCUAGUAGAUUGAAUUUGAAUAUUUUGUAUGAAAUUAUAAAUUCAUAUUUUAAUGUCACUAAAGACAGGAAACAAAAAUGGUUUAAAACUACUUGCAUUGUAUAAACUAUUUGGAGUUGCACCCUUGAUUUCCAAUGCAAUCCUAAUAGCUUUAUUUUUGGGUUAAAGAAACUUUUGUCUA